GAGCCCCAAAAGCUUGACCUCAAAUUUUGGGUCCGCUGCUGAAGAUCAUCAUCUCUUCUCAUCUGAUGUCUCAGGUCAACAAUUUGACUUAAACUCAGAAGAGAGAGCAAUACAGUUGUUAUUGGGCAGUGUUGAUUUAUCUCCUGGGCAUUUCUGGGAUAGGACAGGUUCCCUUCUGGAUUCUCUCUCUGUUGGGAGUGAGGUGUAUGACAGUGAACUCAACGAUCCCCAUUACGACCAGAGUCUCCUAGAGAAUCUCUUUUACACAGGUCCUAAAUCUGAUUCCAGUUUAAGUGAUUUCCUCAGUGAUGACGAUGUUAACUCUUCCCAUAAAGUAACCAAGGCAAAAACUCUCAAGAAAGCUGAUCGUACGAACCUUCAGGGUCCUCAGAAGGAAUCUAGUGCCUGUGAUCAGGAGGUGAAGGAGACAGAAAUUAAACUCAGCUGCUCUCCUACUAGACAACUUGGUCCUUCAGAAGUUUCUACAAAAGAAGCUUGUCUCUCAUCCUUGAGUGUAGAUAGACUGGCACUGCUGGGGCGAAUACACCUAGCCAGAGUCAUCAUUGAGAGCUUGAGAAUCCCUCCUGAGAGCACCCAGAUUACACCAGGAAAGAAAAGCUUAGUUGGGAAGCCCCCGAGACCUGCAUCAGUCAAAAAGUGCACCUUCUUUGUUGAGUACCACUUUCCUGUGGGAGCCUCUAAGGAUGAAAAGGGACAAGUCUCCAUAACAACAGAAGUAAUUCGAAUAGCUUCAAGUAAAAUCACAGGCGAUGUGGUAAAAUUCCAACAGCGGUUUGUGUUCCCUGUUCGUUUUGGUGGAACGAUGAUAGAGCACUGGUGGAGCUCUGACCUUGCUUUUAAAAUCUACAUGAGAAAAAGCACACAGAAAAAGCCGGUGGCCGUUGGCUCAGCAGUCCUUCAGUUAUGCAAGGUUAUUCAGUCUGAGCAGCUCGCUGUCAGCUGUGAGAUACCUGUGGAAGAAGAAGGAGGUCAGACACAAGUGGGACCACUUCAGGUAUCGUUAGAGCUUGCAGCUGACAAUAAAGACUUCACCUGCACCACUGCCAGGUCAGCUAUGACCGUGCAGCGAGUCCCAGCUCAUGCCAUAAGAAGUCCCCGGCUGGAAUUCCAGGAACCCAACAGGAAUAACGUAAAUGCAGAAAGCCCUCGCGGUUUGAAACUUAGCAAUCGUGAAGACUCGCAGAAGACAGGAGCGGCCAGCACAAAGAUCGUGCAGCCACCACAGGCCGUAUCAAGCUCUGUGUCCCGUAAUCUGAUGACACAAAUAACUGCAUCUGAAGAGGAUGGGCUAUUACUGCAUGUGCUGUUGAUGGUGCCUGAUGGAAAAGGUUUUGUUAGUGGAGACUCUGCUUUCUAUGGUUCUUGUAAUGUGUAUUUAAACUGCAAGCUGCUCAGCACAGAGGAGGCAACAAGAUCUGCUGUCAUAUGGGGCACAACUCAACCUGUCUUUAACUUUUCUCAGGUGAUGCCUUUUUCAUUGACUUGCAAACAUUUGGAACGACUGAAGAACAACUUCAUGAUUAUUGAGGCAUGGAACAAGACGGGAAACCCUGGCUGCGACAAACUGCUAGGAUUAGUGAAGCUUCCUCUGCAUCAGUUCUACGUGUCAUUCAAAGAUCCAAAGAUUUCCCGUCUGCUUCUUCAAGCUCAGUAUCCAGUGGUUGCUGUGGACAGUUACAUGCCCGUAAUAGAUGUUUUUACGGGCAGUAAAAGUGGAAGCCUGAGGGUCAUUCUGGCUAUGGGAUCAGCUGAUCAAAUAGUGGAACUGCAAAGGCUCAAGAAUGAAGAAGGAGUGGUACCUCCCAUCACACAGCGUCCUGCCCACUCUCUGGACCCUCCUCCUACAAAGCCCACAGUGCAGCUAGAUAGAGAAGGGGAAGAACUGAUGGAGCAUGUGUUUGACAUCCGUGUGGAAAGUGUGAAAGGACUCACUCCCUUACAGUCCACGGUCUGGGGAGAGGCUGACUGCUACAUACAGUACUAUUUCCCAGUGCAAGAGGCUAGCUGUGGUGCGUUGCAAGGAACUGAAUUGCACGAGGAUGGUAUCGAGUUAAAGGCUUUUCGCACAGCAACUACUUUGUGCAUCCCUGAUCCCAUCUUUCAUGAUGAGCGUCGUCAUUCUUUGUUGGUUCCUGCCGAUGUUCCAGUCCAGAGGCUCCUGGUCAGUGCGUUUAUGGCACCGGGAAUGGCUGGAGGAGGAAUCCAGUUUGAAGUCUGGUGCAGGUAUUAUUACCCAAAUGUCAGAGACCAGAUGGUUGCCAAAGGGACCUUGCCUUUGUCACGGGUGUGUGCCAUGGUAACUAUGCAGCAUCGUGAAGAAAUAGGGAUACAGACCUUUAAUCUUCCAUUGGUCCCAAGGACUGAUUCCUCAGAGGAAUUCCAACUGCGUUCAUCAGGGUUGCUUGAUGUGAGUGUGAGAUACCAAUGUUCCAUGAAAACAGCAGCAGGAAUAACAAGUGCUCAAGCUAUUUCCCUUUCUGUACAAGUACACAGAGCUGCUGGUUUGCAAGCAGCAACCAGAGCUGUUGCAGAAAAGAACCCUUCCAUCCAGUACUAUGCAGGUGCAGGAGUUAAUACCUACGUCUCUGUGCACCUCUCUUUCCUCCCUGAGGGGGAGAGACGCAACACGCGAGCUGUGGCUCAUACUUUCUGCCCAGAGUUCAAGGACCACAUAGAGUUUCCUUGUAACCUCAUCGUUCAGAAAAGUAGUGGAGAAGCUUCUUCUCUGGGGGAACUCUUGCACUCUGCCAAUAUCAUCUUCUCUAUCUACCAUCAGAGCGUCAAGUCAGCCACUGACACGUUGGCAGGUCGGACAUCAAGAGAUUAUCUUCUUGGGACAGUCACUGUUCCAACCAGAGACCUACUGAGAAGAAGAUCAGGUAUUACAGGCUGGUACCCAGUUACCCUCUCUGAGGACUUAGUGCCUUCUCGUUGCACAAACGUCAUACAGACCGUUGUGGGAGGACUGGAACUUUCUGUAACUUUUGCUCACCACAAUGACAGAGAACGUGUUUUGGAAGCCGCUAAGCUUUUAGGCUGGAACAGUGAGGAAAACCACGAAGACAGUAUGGAUGAUAGUGACGAAUGGGAGCAGGGUGAGAAUCCAGCAAUCGUGACCAUUUCUACCCCGAGAGUAUGGCUGCCAGUCCACUGCGUGCUGCUUGCAGGCCAGACGCACCUGAAUAAAAGUACUUAUUGCUACCUCAGGUAUAAGCUGUAUAAUCAGGAAGCCAUGUGGACUUUGCUUAGGAGGCCAACAUUGAGUGACGACAAGAAGAAUGUUACAGUGACCUUUAAGAAACCAAACAGGGUGACUCUCAGAAGGAGCCAAGGGCUGCGCUGGUUCUUCAGAGAGGAGAAGUUAGAAAUCCAGGUGUGGUGGGCAUAUGGUAAAGAAAAUGAUGUGGAAAGACCACUUGAUACGGAUCGUCUUAUUGGAUCUGCCUAUGUCGACCUCACAGCAUUAGCAGAGAGGUCAAGGAAAACACUAAGUGUUAGUGGGGUUUACCCGUUGUUCAGAUGCAACGCUGCAAACCUAGCAGGAGCUGCUGUACGUGUUCACAUUGCGCUUUCUUCCACUUCUGCUGCCCUGACCAGCAGACUUCGCUGUGCUGAGGAAUACAGCAGUAGUGAAGAUGAAGCCACGGAGAAAGCUCCUGAGGUGAACCAACACGUCUCUGAAAAUCAGAGUCAGAAACUGGGUGUUGUAAAUUCAGAAGUCACCAACAGGAAACCACCUGAAGAAGACGUGGUGUUUCUGGAAAACACGGUUGCUGUCACUGUCCUCGUGGAAAGAGCAAUGCAUCUAAGUUUAAAAGGGAGUCCCUUAACCGAACGUGGAGUAACAGCACCUAGUAGCUACGUGUCGUUUGCCGUUGCUGAUGCAGAUGCUCCAGUAACCACUUCAGUAGUAGAAAAUACAGACUCACCAGUCUGGGACUUUCAGCAGCAAGCAAGAUUGUCCAAAGAACUUCUCUUGGAUCCACAGCAAACCUUGGUCUUCAAAGUGUGGCAUAAAGCAGAGACUGAGCGAGUGAUAGGGUUUGCAUCUGUGGACCUAUCUCCUCUUCUUUCUGGCUUCCAGCUAGUGUGCGGGUGGUACAAUAUUACAGACUUCAGCGGACAGUGCCGAGGGCAGAUCAAAGUAGCAGUUUCCCCUCUUCAAAGUAUAAGUAACCUCAAAGAAGAAAGACAGGCAAGGAUCCGGACCCAGCCACCAAAUUCUUCAGUGAAGGUCAGCUUUGCAGCACUUCCCGGCAAUACUACAAGUUUUUCCAAGCAGAUGUUGAAUACCUUAUCGAAUGAAGUCAGCGUUCCUACUCGAGAGCGCAGAAUUAGUACCCCUGGGACACACACACCUCGCCAUGAAGAGCACAUGCAGAAUGUGCGCAGAUUUCACGAAUCCUUGCAGCAAGCAGAAGGGAAUGCGCACCGAGCGGCAAAGAUGGACUCAUUAUCGCUGUCAUCGCGCACUGCUCUUCUGUCUGCUCUCAGAAAAAACUUGAGUGAGCUGGAUGAGGUUCAAAAAUACUUCAACCAGAAGCUGACCAGGUCUUUCCCUGACUUCAGUUACGGUAACACAUCCAAAACAAGUCGUGAAGAGCCGGAGGGUGAUCGCCAAGGCUUGAUGAGCAGAGCAGUGGAUCCCAAUGGCUGUCAUCUUUUGGAAAAAUCUAGUCAGUUGGUAUCUCAGGUCAGCAGCCUAAUCAAUGACUUACAGACUAUAACUAAAAAUACUAAAGAAGCUUCUAAAGUGCAUCAAGACAACAGCAAAAGGCUGGGUGCUACACAUGUACCCAGCCAAAAGGAUGAAGGAGCCAGAAAUGAAGCAUAUCAAAUUCAGCUUGAGUUGGAAUCACCCAGUGUUUGCAGUGAUGCACAGCAACCAUACUCUUUUGGGAGAUCCAGGUUUGAGAGAGAGAUGUUGCAUGAACUUCUAGACCAAGCAGUCCCCGAAGAUGAGCAUCCUUUGCCAACAGACCAUAUCCAGGAGGGUGAAGGUGCUUUUGCCAUCCAUUCACACAGUGAAGAAGAGUACGAAGAAGAUGUCAUAGAACCACGAACUCUUAAUGAAAUAACAACCGUAACGGACAGAACUAGUCCCUGGUCCAGUGUGGUAUCCGAAGUGGAGCAGAGUGCUGAUCAACAGCCCAUAGACUUGAGGUCUGAUGAUCAGCACUUGGUUCAAGGUUGUUUGCGAAAAGGAAACAGCAGAUGGAGCAGCACAUUGUCCAGCAUACCACAAGGUGACAACCAAAGCAUAUUCACCACUCUUACCCCAUGCGUUAGCCCCCGUGCAGAAGAGAGCAGUGCUUGGGCAGUAACAGAUGGCUUUAACAGCGUGAGCAGUGGCACAGAAACAACUAAGGAGGAGUUUCAGCUCGCUCGUUUGUCAGAAGUGCACCAGACAGCUGAUGGCCCUGUAGAAAAUGGGAAUUGUGACUGGGAUGGAGUGUUUGAAACUAAACAAAUAGAGCCAAAUGAGGAACUUCAUGCAGCCUCCAAAGAAAUACUGCAAGACAUCUCUUUGACCAAUUCAAAAAGCACAGAGAGCCAGGAAGAAAAUGGUGACGAUUUAGAUGAAGAUCAUCAAGACGAGGAAGAAAGUGGCUCCGAUGAAAUAUGUGUGAAGAGUGCAUCUGCCCAACCAGGCUCUGAAGGAAGCAGUGAAGACUUCUCUGAUGAGAGUCAUGAAGACCCACUGGAAGAGUCAGAAAAAUCUGUGAAACCAAAAAUCGCUUUAUCUGCUCCUGUUGUUCUUCCCAACUUUUUCCUUCCACCCCAGCAGAUGGAAGCCUCCAUGCGAAUGCUCAGCACUUCUUCUCAUCCUUCCACAACUCUGAAGAGCGGGAGCGGGACUGCGCUGGAGGGAAUUCCCUACCGGCGCCUGAACCGGCACAGGCCAAACCCGGCCUCGGCUGACCUCUCGGAAGAGGAAACCCAACGAAUCGCCAGGAUAUUCUCCGCUCGGCUGUCCAAGAAGGAGUAGGUUGGCGCGCGUCUGUCCGGAGGGACUGCUUUCCAGCUGCCGCUCACGGCCGACGUGGGCAAACGCUGGCUCCUCCGGGGGAG